AUGGAUGACGAUGUCGCUCCUUCCCUCCGUUUCUUGGCCAGCAGCGAGAACAGCCUGUCCAGCGGUCCCUGCGGCGGUGCCAAGAUCGACUUCGACGCCGGCACCGUCACCGACUUCCACGUCGGCGGCGACGCCAUCGCGGCCACUGGCACCCACCCCCAGGCCAAUUGGCUCUUCCGCGCUACCACCGACCUCACCGGCACCUCCAACUGGACCCAGCUCUACCCCAUUGUCGAGCAGAGCGGCCUCGGCAAGCUCUGCCAGCCCAAGAUCACCGUCCCUGAGGAGUGGGUCGACAAGCAGGGUCUCAUCAGCGUCGUUGCCCACGCCGAAGAUGGUGUUCUCUACGGUUGCUCUCAAGUCAAGUUCGUCGAGGGAACCGGCGAGCAACCAAGCUCCUGCAGGAACACCACCGAAAACUUCUCCUUCACUAGCGACUCCGACCUCGAGGCCCUCGUUGAUGACGGUACUGGCUCCUCCGGCUCCAACUCCUCCGACAGCAGCGGCGGCUCCGGCGACGACAACAGCAACUCCGACGACAGCGGCUCUUCGGGCGACGAGGGCGCUGCCUCCAACUUUGGCACUAGCUUUGUCGGCAUGGUCUCCGCCGCUGCGUUGGUCGCCGGUGUCCUUGCUCUUUAA